AGAGUCAAUGUCCAUCUUUAUGCCGUGAGAGUCAAUGUCCAUCUUUAUGCCGUGAGAGUCAAUGUCCAUCUUUAAUAAUCAGAAAUAAAGAAUACACAAAAUGCAUUUCGGCACGUUAAAGCUUAUGGAUCUGCAUGAACUGAGCUUGUACAUCCACGGCUUAUCUUUCGAAGCAGGCAUGAUGAGCACCAAAGAGGAGCUAGAACAUCGGGAGAGCCAGAUCUCCACGGUACAACACGCAGGGACGCACGUCGCGCUGGGGACGCGUUCUGCCAGCAUCGCUCUGUCCUCCACCGGGUCAUGGCGAGACUCGUCGCGCAGUUGGGGAUGGCUGCUCUCCGGCGCGGUGCUCGUUAACGUGCUUGUGCUCGGAUGCGCGCUCGUCAGCGGCAGCGUGUUUAACGCACAACACGUGACCAGCGUGCACCUGCAGCUUUACCUGGUGGCUCUGAUCGUCUCCACUACCGCCUGGAUGGUCUUCUAUAAAGCGUACACGUGCAGAGGGGACGAGGCAGUACUCUAUAAGGAUUUGCACGCCGGGCCCGUGUGGCUCAGAGGUGGCCUGGUGCUGUUUGGAAUCUGUAGCUUAAUCAUGGAUGUUUUUAAGAUUGCCUUCUAUGUGGGUCGCGUGCACUGCGACUCACCUGUGAAAAUCGUCUUCCCUGCCGUUCAAGCCAUGUUUAUUUUGGUGCAGACUUACUUUCUCUGGAUCCAUGCCAAGGAUUGUGUACAAGUGCAGAGAAACAUAACUCGCUCUGGGUUAAUGCUCACCUUGGCCACAAACCUGAUGAUCUGGAUGAUGGCAGUGACAGAAGAGUCUCUCCAUCAAACUGUAUACCCCAAUGAUACACGUAGCUUUGGUUCCCGGAGUCUCUCACUUAAAGCUAGUGCUUCUGAUGGCGACAGCAGUUGCGUGUGCACUAUUGCGGCUUGCAGUGUCUUUGAAGAAGGCUACUAUUACCUCUAUCCAUUCAACAUUGAGUACAGCCUGUUUGCAUCAGCCAUGGCUUAUGUGAUGUGGAAAAAUGUGGGCCGGCUGGUGGAUGACCAUGGUCACCAUGAGCACCGCUUCCACAUGCGCGAUGUGCUGAUCGGCCCGGCCACCGGCCUCCUGGUGUUAGUGGCUGGCUUGACCAUAUUUGUAGUGUACGAGGUGGAUGUAUUAUCUGACGAGCCAGGAAGGAAAGACACGGCCCUCAUCAUGUUCUACGUAACCAACACAACCACGGUGGUACUGAUGACUGUGGCAGCGGCAGCCGGCUGUGCUGUAUACGGGCUGGAACAGCGUGAGCAUGCUGUGGGGAAGAACCCAACACGCACCCUGGAUGUAGGGCUAUUAGUGGGCGCUUCUGUAGGCCAGCUCACUGUCUCCUACUUUACCAUCGUGGCCGUGAUAGGGAUCAGUGUGGGCGGCUUGGUCAACGCUCUCAACCUGGCUUGGAGUGUUCUCACUAUAGUCGAGCUUUGCGUACAGAACAUAUUCAUAAUCGAAGGCUUGCGGCGGGAGCCACACCAGGACACACGCCGUGCCAGCAUCUUCUCCAAUCUGCUCGCCUUACAAGCACACGACGAGCGCAGGAGGUCCAGCAACGUACUCACCCCUCGUGGCUCCAUCGCCAUCUCAGUCCACAAGCCCCUGCCCUGGAAGAGGAAGCUUCUCAAGGAGAUCUCAUCAUUCCUGCUGCUUUCCAACAUUAUUCUUUGGAUCAUACCUGCCUUUGGAGCACGGCCGCAGUUUGACAACCCCCUUGGAACGGAUUUCUACGAGUUUAGCAUGUGGGUGGCUGUGGUUAACAUUGGACUGCCUUUUGGUAUCUUUUACAGAAUGCACUCGGUAGCCAGUCUUUUAGAGGUUUACCUUACAUCAUAAAUCCACAGCUUCAGACAAUACCUGCUCAUGUUUUAUGAAACUGUUUGUUUUUUAAAUGAUACUAUCUAUUUUUGUACAUUUGUCUAAUAUAUUUACUUUGAAAAGUUUGAAUGAAUGAAUGAAUGCAUGUAAAGAUGUGUUUAUUAGGUGUGGUGUAUAUGCAGUUGGGUGACAAAUUAAAGGUGAUUUUUACACUGGGAACAUUUACUGUGGUCCAAAUCAGUGUGAGAUUGUUCCCAGUACUCCGUGGAGUUUUAAUCUGGUUUCAGU